AAGUCUUCCCUCCUAUAUCUCUGGUUUAAUAUGCAUGAAGAUAGCAUGAAGAAGUUACAAGGUGAAUGUGUCUCUUGGCUGUUCCUUUUGACUGGAGCUGCUCAGCUCCUACUAGUGUGUGGAGAGGGAGUGUACUUAUCUCUGGGAUCAACCAGCAUCACCACUAACAACACUGAGAUCCUCAUCACUGGCAUUGGAGAUGAUGUUGGGAUUGGUCGUCCCUCUCUCAUCUGUCACACUGACCUAGUGGCUUGUUGUAGACCCAGUGAGACAAUGGCAAGAGGAAUUGGACUUUGGCACUAUCCAAAUGGGGCUCGUGUUCCUGGUGCAUCAGGAUCUAACUCAGCAUCUCAACCAUUUGUGACAUUGAGAAAUGUUCAAUCCAUUGAACUGGCUCGUAGAGAAUAUUUUACCCCCCCUCCCCUGAGUCCAACUGGUUCCUACUGUUGUAUUAUACUAACUAAUGAAAGAGUUACGGUUACCUUCUGUGCUAACCUGGUUGUGUGCCCGUCUCUCCCUGCCCUGAACAAUGGAAUAGUCUCAUACAACGACUCAACACUGGGUCUGUAUACUGUGGCCACCUACACAUGUGACACUGGUUACACUCUCAUCGGAGGCACCACUAGGACUUGUGAGAGUGAUGGAAUGUGGUGGAGUGGAUCAGCUCCGGUGUGUCAGGGUAUUUGCUUUGACUUACCCCCACUGACCAAUGGGAUGAUCUCCUACAAUGAUGCUGCAUCCACUAACAUCAGACCAGUGGGCACUGUGGCCAUCUUCAGCUGUGACAUUGGAUACACUCUCAAUGAAGACGCUACUAAGACUUGUGGGAAUGAUGGAAUGUGGAGUGGGUCAGAUCCAGUGUGUCAGCGUAUCUGCUUUGACUUACCCUCACUGACCAAUGGGAUGAUCUCCUACAAUGGUGGAUCCCCUAACGUGGCCACCUACACCUGUAACCUUGGCUACACUCUCAAUGGAGGCAGCACCAGGGUCUGUGGGAGUGAUGGGAUGUGGAGUGGGUCACCUCCAGUGUGUCAGCCAAUCACCUGCUCUGCUGUCCCUACCAUUGAGAAUGGAACGGUUAUCUAUUCCAGUGACACUACUCCACCUUAUGACUAUGGAACAAUAGCUACGUAUGAGUGUGACACUGGGUAUGAGAUAACAAGUGGAGACAGUGAAAGGACCUGCACUGGUGAUGUUGGUGAUGGUCCAAUGGUAGAGUGGAAUGAAACUGCGGCACUUUGUUCAGACAUUGAUGAAUGCUCUGGUACUGCUCAUAGCUGUGAUCAGAUCUGCACCAACACUCCUGGAUCAUACACUUGUGUCUGCAACUCUGGAUACCAACUUGCUGCUGAUGGAAGAGGAUGUGAUGAUAUUAAUGAGUGUAGUACUGGACCCAACAACUGCCAGCAAGUGUGUGUCAAUACUGAGGGAUCAUUCACCUGUGGAUGUGAGGCAGGAUAUUUGCUAGACAGUGACAGAUCAUCAUGUUCUGCUCUCUGUGAUGACAUCACCCUCACCAAUGGAAUGGUGAUCUAUGACCCAACCUCUUCUCCAAGACUGGAAGGAACUGUGGCCACUCACAACUGUAAUAGUGGUUAUGUUCUCUUUGGUGAACGUGAGAGAAUGUGUCAGUCGGACAGAACAUGGAGUGGAGAAAUUGUUACAUGCAAUGCCAUCAUCUGUCCACCUCUUGCCUACUCUCCCUAUGGCCCAAUAUCCUACUCUCCAAACACUUCCCCAUACUUAUUUGGAACACAAGCAACAUACACUGUUCCAUGCCCUCCUGGAGAGGAGAGGAGAGGAGGAGAUGAUUUGAGGAUUUGUUUUGGUAAUGGACAUAGUAUUGUGGGGAUGUGGACAGGAACUGCUCCCAUCUGUGCAGACAUUGAUGAAUGCUCUGGCAAUACUCAUAGCUGUAAUCAUAUCUGUACCAACACUCCUGGAUCAUACACCUGUGACUGCAACUCAGGAUAUCUACUUGCUGCUGAUGGAAGAGGGUGUGAUGAUAUUGAUGAGUGUGCUGGACCCAACAUCUGCCAACAAGUGUGUAACAACACUGAGGGAUCGUUCACCUGUGGAUGUGAGGCAGGAUAUUUGCUAGACAGUGACAGAUCAUCAUGUUCUGCUCUCUGUGAUGACAUCACCCUCACCAAUGGAAUGGUGAUCUAUGACCCAACCUCUUCUCCAAGACUGGAAGGAACUGUGGCCACUCACAACUGUAAUAGUGGUUAUGUUCUCUUUGGUGAACGUGAGAGAAUGUGUCAGUCGGACAGAACAUGGAGUGGAGAAAUUGUUACAUGCAAUGCCAUCAUCUGUCCACCUCUUGCCUACUCUCCCUAUGGCCCAAUAUCCUACUCUCCAAACACUUCCCCAUACUUAUUUGGAACACAAGCAACAUACACUGUUCCAUGCCCUCCUGGAGAGGAGAGGAGAGGAGGAGAUGAUUUGAGGAUUUGUUUUGGUAAUGGACAUAGUACUGUGGGGAUGUGGACAGGAACUGCUCCCAUCUGUGCAGACAUUGAUGAAUGCUCUGGCAAUACUCAUAGCUGUAAUCAUAUCUGUACCAACACUCCUGGAUCAUACACCUGUGACUGCAACUCAGGAUAUCUACUUGCUGCUGAUGGAAGAGGGUGUGAUGAUAUUGAUGAGUGUGCUGGACCCAACAUCUGCCAACAAGUGUGUAACAACACUGAGGGAUCGUUCACCUGUGGAUGUGAGGCAGGAUAUGUGCUGGACAGUGACAGAGCAUCAUGUUCUGCCACUGUAACUGCAAUGGCCUGUACUGAUCUGAUGGUUCUAGCCAAUGGAAAUAUCACUUACGAUAUAAAGAGCAUUGAAAACAGACCAGUGGACACUGUGGCCACAUUCACCUGUAACACUGGAUACACUCUCACUGGAGGCAGCACCAGGACUUGUGGGAGUGGAGGGAUAUGGAGUGGAUCGGAUCCAGCAUGUGAAGCCAUUGAGUGUCCUCCUCUACCGACCAUUACCAAUGGCACAAUCUCCUACUCUCCUGAUGUCACCCCUGACCAUGACCUGGGAACUAAGGCAACCUACACUUGUGAGGCUGGGUUCUAUCUUGAGGGUAAUGAGGUACGAGUGUGUAUGGAUGAUGAUGGAAUGGACACUAUUGGAGUGUGGAGUGGUCAGGAGCCAAGCUGUAUCUUCGUCCCCCCUCCUGUACGCUCAGUGUUGUUCCAACUCAGGCUCACCAACAUCAACAACUGUCCUGACUGGGUGGACCAGGAUGGGAGGAUAGAAGCUGUGAUGAGCACAUUUGCUGCCGAGGUGGAGAGUUACUGUGGGUGUGGUUUCUCAAGCAUGGUCAUGACUGCCCCUCUCUUCCGCUGCUUCCCUGGGUCGGACAGAGCUGUCACAUUCCGAGCCACUCUAACCGAUUCCAGGCUCCUCACUCCCAUACAGGACUGGAUUCAAACCAAUGGAUUCAUUCCCAUUCAUAAUGUACUGAUUGAAGUGGACAAGUCUUGUCUGGUGCAGAUAGCAAGCCUUGCAGACACAGAGUGCACCAAUCAGCCUACAGCUGCAGGGAGCAGUGACAUAGCCGCUGUGGUCGGUGGAGUGGUGGGAGUGGUCAUUGUGGUUGUGGUGGGCGUUGUCAUCAUAGUGAUUGCUGUAUUGUUGUUCAAAAGCAGGAGAGAGAAUUCAAAGCUGACCGUCCACAGUAGAACAAAGCAUGACCUACCACCACCAGUAUCGCUAAAGGGUGUGGUCAGUACUGGUGAGACACAACCAUACGAGAUGAUUGAAAUGGGUCAUGAAUACGAGGAAGUGUCCAAGUUCCAACAAGCCGUCGGUGGAGAGUAUGACAUCAUUGGAGCACCCUCACAUACAACUGGCUCCGAGAGCAAGACUCCUGUAAAGACUGAGUCGCUACUGCCCACUCCACCCACACCACAACCCUCACAAGUGACUAAGCCUGAUGGAAAUGAUAUUGAGUUUACAGAGUGUGUUGCUUACAACACGACCACCCACAGUCGCCCCCCACAGCCCACAAGCUUGUGAACUAUAUAAACAUGAAACUGCAAACUGAUAGAAAUUGUGUUGACUGCUCUAGCAAUUAAUUUAAUGAUACAUUCAUUUGCUUGUAUUUGCAUGCA